UUCGCAUGCUUGUUUCUAUACUGCGUCUGCGUGUAGCUUAAUGAGCGUUUUGUCGAGCGACUAUUUGCGAAUAAUGUGAAGUGAAACAAGUUGUAUUUCUCAGCUAGCUAUGUAUAUAACGUUUUAACGUAUUGACUUAAGUCAAGUAAUUACGUGUUUAGAUAUAUUGCUUUAAGACGUUGCUUUCAGGAAUUGACGAGAUUAUUUUACACUGUAUAUUGAAGGGGACGCUUCUAACGAAGGAGAAUACGCGUUCCAAUUUGACAAUGAAUCAGUUUGAUCACUUGAAGGACGAUGACAGCGGAGAUCAUGAGGACCCAGUCACGAACCGAGAGGAGAAGAGUGAUACCGACAACAGCUCAGUGAACAACAAUAACAACAACGGGCGACGAAAGACUGUGUCCCCAGGGGUGGGGGAGCAUCCACUGCAGUACAACUACACUUUCUGGUACUCAAGGCGCACACCCAGUCGACCAGCCAACACCCAGAGCUACGAGCAGAACAUUCGGCAGAUUGGAACUGUGGCAUCGGUGGAACAGUUCUGGAAGUUUUACAGUCACCUGGUCCGACCUGGAGAUCUGACAGGGCACAGUGACUUCCAUCUGUUCAAGGAGGGCAUCAAACCCAUGUGGGAGGAUGAGGCGAACAAGAAUGGUGGGAAGUGGAUCAUCCGGUUGCGGAAGGGGCUGGCCUCGCGCUUCUGGGAGAACAUAAUCUUGGCCAUGCUGGGGGAACAGUUCAUGGUUGGGGAGGAGAUAUGCGGAGUUGUGGUGUCUAUUCGUUUCCAGGAGGAUAUCCUGUCCAUCUGGAACAAAACGGCCAAUGACCAAGUGACCACCUCCCGCAUCCGUGACACACUGCGCCGGGUCCUCAACCUGCCCCCCAACACCAUCAUGGAAUACAAGACUCACAACGACAGCCUCAAGGACAACUCCAGUUUCCGCAAUACGAAGAUCACAUUGUGAACACCACUCUGCAAGGCAAGAAUGGAUAAGUAAAUGGGUGAUAAAUACUGGAUGGAUGCAUUAAUCCAGCUCUAUCUCUCACCCAUGCAUUGAUGGACUUUGUCAUCUCUGAAUUCAGCAAAUCAAAGACCAAAACUUACGAGACAGUGGAAUAGUGAAUGUAAAUGUAAAGGAGAAAAAAAAACAUUGGCUGGUAAAGCUUUUGCCAAGGGACCAUGCUGAGGGACUGUGAUUCCAGUAAUGUACCACAUAGCAGCACAAACCUUUGGAGGAUCCCAGAAGAAUGUUUUGUUCCGUUUAAUCUAUUUUUGCGCCAUCUUCUAUCCAUAUGUGCGGGCCUAUGUAUGCUAAAGGUAAAAUGUUACUGUUGAAGCCGGUUUAUUUCCCAGCUGAUUUAUUUUACAAGCCUGUAUAUCUCAUUGAGGCAGAAAAGCAUUCUAAGCAUGGAUCUAUCCUGGAGGUGUCACUUCAUAAUUUGAUUAGAGUAAUUUUGGUAUAUACUAGGGCUUAUGAACAAAUAAUUAUUUCUCUUGGCAUUGUGUCUGAGAAUGCCAUUCAGUAUGCUAGUGUUUCCUUUUCCAGUGGAUAGUGUUCACCUUGAGGGAGCUGUUAUAGGAGGCAGUGGAGUUCUUUUCAACAAACUUGUGGCCUUUUCUCUACACAUUUCCCAUAUAAUUCUGUCCAAUAUUCAAAAUAGUAUAGACCCUUCUGCUUUUGGUCAAGUCAGUUGGUCUAGCUGCAUGCAUUGCUUUGAAAGACCAGUGCCAAUACUUUGCUUCAACAGUGUGUGUGUGUGUGUGUGUGUGUGUGUGUGUGUGUGUGUGUGUGUGUGUGUAUACACGUGUGCGUGUAUGCGUGCGCACUUGUGUUUCUGCAUAUGUGUGCCUGCCCACACUGUGCAAUUGCCAAAAUUAGUACUAAUAAAAUAUAUUGCUGUGUGUACAUUUUA